AGUUUUGGGACUACAAUCGUCCAAUCAGGAAACGCCUCAACAUCACAUGGCAGAUGACAGGGGUUGUGUUGGGCACACAUCACCAGCUUUCUUAGUACCCCUAGAGUCUGCCCCCCAGCUGGGGUCGCAGGGGUGAACGAAACAUCAGGUCUGCCAAGGUGUUUAACAGAAGUGGCAACACCAUUAACACAACUGGCAAAAGCGACCCAUACUCAGGAUGUUUUCAAGGAAGAAGCGGGAGCUGAUGAAAACUCCGUCCUUAUCAAAGAAAAGCAGAGCAGGAAGCCCAGCACCACAAAGUGAUGCUCCACGAAAGGAUGUUAUUGAGUCCUCUACUGAUGGAUCCAGUAAUCCUGCUCUCAGUAGCCCUCUCCCAUGUGGAACCCUAAAGAGACCGACGAGUUUAAGUCGUCAUGCUAGUGCUGCUGGAAUUCCCUUGUCUUCUCCCAGAACUAAAGCCAUUAAACCAGCAGGAGCACCAAGUCCUCCUGAAAGUGGAGAAGGACCCUUCACUGAAGUGGAGGAUAUCUCACAGCUUCUCGGAGAUGUAGCAAGGUUUGCUGAACGGCUUGAAAAGCUACGAGAUGUGGUACUGACAGACGAGGUGAAAGAGACCCGGCGUCCUCUGGCGCAUGAAUGCCUUGGAGAGACAUUAAGACUCCUCCGCCAAGUGAUCAACAAAUAUCCCUUGCUAAAUACUGUGGAGACUCUGACUGCAGCUGGGACUCUUAUUUCUAAGGUUAAAGGUUUUCACUAUGAAGCAAGUAUUGAAAAUGAGAAGCGAGAUUUUGAGAAGGCUCUGGAGAGCAUGGCUGUCUGCUUCAGCAGCACAGUCUCUGAAUUUCUUAUGGGGGAAGUGGAUAGCAGCACAUUGUUGUCACUACCACUUGGGGACCAGAGCCAGUCCAUGGAAAGUUUAUAUGGUGGUCUGUCUGGUAGUGAUAAUGCACUCUCCAGUGCAGAGUAUGUGGAUACCGGAAGCCCUUUAGGAGAUGAUGUGGAUGUUAUCCUACAGAGGAGUGAAGGAGGUAUACGCGCUGCUUUUCUUUAUGCAAAAAACUUAGCAAAAUACAUGAAAGAUCUGGCAAACUAUAUAGAAAAAAGAAGUAUUUUAGAGAUGGAAUAUGCUAAGGGCCUCCAGAAACUGGUGAAUACAUCAAAAAAUGCCCUAACUCAGGAGCCAUUCAUGCCUUUCCAGUCCAUCUAUUCAGUAGCUUUGGAGCAGGAUCAGGACCAUGCACAAGGUGUUCUGCACACAGCAUUAACGCUGCAACAGAAUACUUUUCUUCAGCCAGUAAAUAUGCGGCGUUUAGAACAUGAGAAACGUAGAAAGGAGCUGAAAGAGCAGUGGCAGAGAGCCCAGCGCAAAUUGUUAGAGGCAGAAUCCAACCUGCGAAAAGCAAAACAGACGUACAUGCAGCGUAGUGAAGAGCAUGAAAAGGCACAGCACAAUGCAGCACGUGCUGAAGAGGAGCAGGGCCACAGUGGAACCAAAUCCAUUGACAAGAAAAGGAGGGCUGAGGAAGAUGCUAAGAACAAGGCAGAAGAAGCAAUGGCAACUUACCGGACAUGCAUUGCAGAUGCCAAAACACAGAAACAGGAACUGGAGGAUGUUAAAGUCAAUGUUCUUCGUCAAUUACAAGAACUCAUCAAACAGACUGACCAAAUUCUGCGCUCGGCAACCAUCUCCUAUUAUCAGAGCAUGCACAUGGAAACCGCACCAUUACCAGUUGGGUUCCAGACAUUAUGUGAGAGCAGUAAAUUGUAUGACCUAGGACAACAGUAUGCAUCAUAUAUAAGACAACUUGGAGCUGGAGCAGAGCCUGAAAUUUCUUAUGACUUCCAACCAUACAAACCACAGAUAUCAGUGUCUCCAUGCAUUCGAAACAGAAAGUCAAGUUUAAGCUCAAAGGAUUUUCCAUCUUCAGAAAAUAAAGAUGUUACAGGAGAGGAACGAUCUGUGGAGAGAAGAGGAGGAAAAGGCCAUCAAGUGCAUAAGUCAUGGCCAAGUGCUCUGACUGAAGGAGAUCUUACUGAAAGCAAGGAAUCACCAGGCUUCCCAGAAAAGCUGAUUCAACCUAUUUCACCCACAGGAGAAGAGAACAAAAGACUGCCACUAGAGCAAGACAUUAAUGGGCUGCCUACUUCUUUGGAUGUACCUAUUUCCAGUGGUCCAUUCCGUAAUGUUGGUUUAUCACGAGCAGCUCGGACUCACAGGUUACGCAAGUUACGGACACCUAGCAAAUGCCGGGAGUGUAAUAGUUAUGUGUACUUCCAAGGAGCUGAAUGUGAGGAGUGUUCCCUUGCUUGUCACAAGAAAUGUCUGGAAACUCUGGCAAUACAGUGUGGUCACAAGAAACUGCAAGGUCGAUUGCUUUUGUUCGGCAGGAACUUUUCUGAGGCAGCAUUGAGAUCUCCAGACCACGUGCCUUUCCUUAUUCACAAGUGUGUCUCGGAGAUUGAAGCACGUGCAAUAACCAUGAAGGGUAUAUAUCGUGUGAAUGGGGUAAAGACACGGGUGGAAAAGCUGUGCCAGGCAUUUGAAAAUGGGAAGGAGUUAGUUGAACUAUCUCAGGCUUCACCACAUGAUCUGAGCAAUGUCCUGAAACUCUAUCUACGCCAGCUCCCUGAACCUCUAAUGCCAUUCAGGCUGUAUAAUGGCUUAAUGGGUCUUGCUAAAGAAAGUCUACGUGAUGGUGAGACUGGCAAAGCAUCCAGACUUGAGGACAAAGGGGCAGAAACUGAGCCAGAGGUUCUGGCCAUGGUGGAGAGAUUGAAAGAACUGCUACAGGACCUUCCCUAUGAAAACAGGGCCACACUGCAGUAUUUGAUAAAGCAUUUAUGCAGAGUUUCAGAGCAAGAGCAAAUCAAUAAGAUGAGCCCUAGCAACCUAGGCAUCGUUUUUGGGCCUGCACUGAUGCGACCACGUCCUACAGAUGCUACUGUUUCUCUGUCAUCUCUAGUGGAUUAUCCUCACCAAGCACGAAUUGUGGAGGCACUUAUUGUUUUCUUUGACAAGAUAUUCCAGGAGUCUCCUUUAGCCAUCGAUAAGUUAUCAAGGAGCAAUGAUGAUGCCUUCUCACAGGGAAGUGCUCCUAAACUGCAAGUCACUGCUGAAGAGGAGGGGCCCGAAAUUAUAGCGGAAUUCCAGUCUACAGCGUUUAGAGCAUCCAUUGGAUCAUCUGUAGAUUCAGAAUCGGAGUCAGAUGGUGGUGAGGACAUCCCAAGCACAUGGGAAUCCACAGACCCGCAAGCUGCAUUUUCAAAACAGCGUAGUGAGACCAACACAGAUGAUAUCCCUUACAUUGGAGCAGAUGCACAAUCCGAGUCGGAGGAUGAUAAUGUUCCAAGUCAAGGAAAUUUAGCUGAAAAUAACACAAAUCAGUCUAACAAUGUACUAUUGACCACCCAAUUUCUGAGAACCCCUCUGCGCUGCCAUCGUCCUCUUCCUGUUGUCCGUAUGCUACAAAGAAGAAUUGCAUUGAGCUCUUCAACUGACCGCUGUCCACAGUUUGUAUAGGUGACUGCAACCUCCUAUGGGAUUUUCCCUACAAAGUGCCUUGCGAAGCAAAUAUUCAUUAUUUAAAGUGUAGAUGUGAUUUUAAUAAAAGCAGCAGCUUUCUGCUUUGUGUGUCCAGGAAAUCCAGGAAUAUAACUUCAUCUAUCCUCACUAGCAAUGGUACAAUAGCAGUUGUGCCGAUACAGAGAGAUUGUGCAUUCACGGGUGGUAAUG